AUGCGCUUGAUUGUUAUUCGAACAAUUACAGAUAUUGUAUUCGGAAUAAUAAGUGAGUGUGAUACAUGAAUUAAUUGAAUUUUAAUAAAAAUAAACAAUUGCAUAGGUACGCUUUAUUAUAUAAUUUGUCUGCUGGUGUAUUCUUUUCCGGAAACUUUUUCAUUCCAAUUAUUAUUUUAUACAGCACUGAUUAUUUUGAAUACUCUAGUAUUCAGAUCAUUUUUAGCGGUUGUGAUUGCAAUCGAAAGAUGUUGGGCUACAUUUCUUCCUAUCAACUUUUACAAAUAUCGUUUUCAAAUUUCAAACACUUACAUCAUUUUAUUCUUGAUGAAUGCUGCAUUUUUAGAUGACAUUUUGCUUUUCCUAGUUUUUAAUCAACAACUUCCACCGAUUCCAAUAAAAUGUGACGAAUUUUUCUGUGCAACUCCUCCUAGUUAUAAUUUAUUUGUUCUAUAUUAUUCAUUCUUCUAUUGCUCUAUCAAUUACACGUUGUCAAUGAUUUUAUGUUCAAAACUUGUUGAACUUCAUUUCAGAAAAACUUUCAUGAAUCGAAAUAUUCGUAGGGUAAGAAAGUCUUUUCAACAAAUAAAUUAAAAUGAAUAUCGUUUUUGUUCAGAUUAAUAUUUUAUCAGUCAGUGAUGGAUUUUCAUCAUUUGCUUUUGAAUUUAUGCCAGCAAUUGUUUUUUACUUUGAUAUAUUCACGACCGAAGUAAGAAUUUUUAGUUAUUUUUUGGUAAAAGGCAAUAAAUAUAUAUUGUUCAGAAUUUGGGCCCGAUCGCAAGUGGUUUAAGAGUAAUUGGUCGUGUGUUCGAGGCCGCUGUUCUCUUUUAUUUCAUUACUAAAUCUAAUAACAAAGUAUCUAACAAGAUGUUCGUAUUAACUUAA